UACAUUUAGCCUAUUUGUUUCAGAAACACUCCUUACAGUUGCAGAAGUGAGGAAACCUGCAACAAAUCCAAAUGACUAACCUAAUAGAUGAUAAUGAAUGGACCUCAAAUUCAACAUUUUAUGAUUACACUCCAAUAGAAACAAAUUAUUGUAAUAUGGAUGAGACCUCCAGAUUCAGCGCUAUAUUUACUUGCAUCCUUUAUUCUCUGAUCUUCUUCUUCAGCUUGGUAGGAAAUAGCCUUGUUUUGUGGAUCGUGAUGAAAUAUGAGAACCUCAAAUCUUUAACAAACCUCUUCAUUCUGAACCUUUGCAUCACUGACUUGACCUUCUCAUGCACUCUGCCUUUCUGGAUUGUAUAUCAUUAUUAUGGAUGGAUUUUUGGUAAAUUUCUCUGCAAGGCAGUAAGUGCUAUCUUUUCUAUCAGCUACUAUGGUGGUGUCAUCUUUCUCACUAUCAUGACCAUCUUGCGGUAUUUGGCUGUGGUUGAUCCCUUAUCAACCAUGAGAACACAGACCAAAAAAUGUGGCAUUCUGGUGAGCAUGGCCAUCUGGAGCAGCAGCAUAAUGGUUACGGUACCUGAGAUCAUUUUUAUUGGAGUCAUAAUUGAUAAUAAUGGCAAACAACACUCUUGUUACAUUGGGAUGCUUAAGAUUCUGCUUAGAUCAAGAUCUCAAAGGAAGUACAGAACUGUGAGACUCAUAUUUGCCAUCGUGGUGGUCUUUUUCUUGAGUUGGGCUCCUUACAAUGUGUUUAACUUUGUGUAUGUUUUGUCUAUUCAGCAUGUCAUCAAGCCGGAAUGUCAAACUCGCAAUCAUAUAUUUUUUGCUUUUGAUAUCAGCCGCAAAGUAGCCUACUGUCACUGCUGCAUCAACCCAAUUCUCUACGUCUUUGUUGGAGUGAAAUUCAGAAGGCACCUAAAACUCUUGUACAAACAAUUGUCCCUUUGUCAUGGCAGAAUCUCUCCCUCCAGCCCAAGAAUGCAUUCAUCUCAUUUGGGUCCAUAUGAUGAUGCAUCCAUAUACUAAAGCAAAGAUUCCUGGACUGGAUGAAAUGCAGAACAGGACAACCAAUAUGAGAAGUUAAACAGAACAACUGACAAGCUCUUCAGACAUGCAAAGUGCACCUAGUCUUCCUGCUUGUUUUCACUGAAGUUUUCUGCCUUUCUAGCAAAAAAAAAAAAAAAAGAUUUUUCCAAAUAGACAAUCAGAAUUUUUUUGUUGAUUCCGCCUUUUUUCAAAUUAUAAAUGAAAGGUUCAUUCUGUUUUAUGUAAUGCCAACAAAUAUUUUUGUUUUUAAGAUAAUAUAAUAGUUUUAAUCUUUGCAAUAUUAUAAUGAUUUACAAAUCUAUAUACUGUUAUGUAGAACUUGAUCUGCCAAUAUCAUUUGAAAUGUAUGUUGAAUGAGAAGAAUUACAACUGUGUCCAAAGGCAUGAACUGCCUUCUAACCUUAAUGGAUUUAGUGAAAGCAUAAUAACAUAAAAAUGGGAGAAGACUGAAUGAAUAUAGGAUAGUUAUAAAUAGCAAAUAAUAAAUAGAACUCUCCUCCUCCAAUUCCAUUAAAGUUCAGUGAAAAAGAUAGAUUUAUUUCCAAAUGAGAGUGUUUUCUUAAAGCUGCUUAAAAUAAAAUCUGAUAAAGAAAAAAUCAGUCAUAAAUAUAUAACAUCAACAUAGCUGAAAUGUGUAAUUUACUGAUUCUUUAAUAGGCUUGUCAACCUGAAAGCAUUAUAAUAUCUUUAAAUCAAUAUAGUUCCGAAAGUCCUCAGUGAUCCUAUAUACAUGAUCAUUCUUGAAUACAUAACAAUUAUACAUGUUAAAUUAUGCUUUUUAUUAUGAAUCUCAAAAUCUAUAAUCCUUUAAUAUAUAUUUCUGUCAUUAGUCAUUUCUGUCUUUAUGAUUUCUGAAAGAAUUUCUUUCUUGUAUUAUCAAUAAAUGAAAUGCUGAUUUGCCCAUGUUCCUAAUAAAG